AAUCAAAAAACUAAUUCUUCCAAAAAGAGAUGAUUAUUCCUCACAAUGACCAGACAGCCUCUGCUUUCCUUUUGUUUUCUUCCAAAUGGAGAUUCAACCGUAAUAGAAAGAAUGGAGAACUAUUAACUGCCUUUCUUCCGUGGGUUGUGAUUUUCAGAGGGGAAUGCUGAGAGGUGGUUUUCAGUGUUGGGACUCAAACGUAAAGACACUAAAGGACAGAAAUCUUUGGCGGAGGUAAGAUCUUCUUCGGUCACCAUGCUUGAGUUAACUGUAGGGAAGUGGAGGUUUCCAUCUGGAAUUCUAUAGCUUCUUCCAGGUCAUAGAGUCUACCCCCCACCUUCUGGUGUCUCCUGAUAUGCAGCAUGAAUGAAAAUGGGAAAUUUCCUGGCCUGCCUUCUUCUCAACUUUCAUGUCUGCGUCCUUUUGCUUCAGCUGCUCAUGCCUCACUCAGCUCAGUUUGCUGUGGUUGGACCGCCUGGGCCCAUCCUGGCCAUGGUAGGUGAAGAUGCUGAUCUGCCCUGUCACCUGUUCCCAACCAUGAGUGCAGAGACCAUGGAGCUGAGGUGGGUGAGUUCCAGCCUAAGGCAGGUGGUGAACGUGUAUGCAGAUGGAAAGGAAGUGGAAGACAGGCAGAGUGCAGCGUAUCGAGGGAGAACUUCGAUUCUACGGGAUGGCAUCACUGCAGGGAAGGCUGCUCUCCGAAUACACAAUGUCACAGCCUCUGACAGUGGAAAGUACUUGUGUUAUUUCCAAGAUGGUGACUUCUAUGAAAAAGCCCUGGUGGAGCUGAAGGUUGCAGCACUGGGUUCUGAUCUUCACAUUGACGUGAAGGGUUAUGAGGAUGGAGGGAUCCAUCUGGAGUGCAGGUCCACUGGCUGGUACCCACAACCCCAAAUACAGUGGAGCAACACCAAGGGAGAGGACAUCCCGGCUGUGGAAGCACCUAUGGUUGCAGAUGGAGUGGGCCUGUAUGCAGUAGCAGCAGCUGUGAUCCUGAGAGGCAGCUCUGGGGAGGGUGUCUCCUGUACCAUCAGAAGUUCCCUACUCGGCCUGGAAAAGACCGCCAGCAUUUCCAUCGCAGGCCCCUUCUUCAGGAGUGCCCAGAGCUGGAUCGCUGCCCUGGCAGGGACCCUGCCUGUCUUGCUGCUGCUUCUUGGGGGAGCCGGUUACUUCCUGUGGCGACAGCAGGAGGAAAAAAAGACUCUGUUCAGAAAGAAAAAGAGAGAGCAAGAGUUGAGAGAACUGGCAUGGACCACAGUGAAGCAAGAAAAAAGCACAAGAGAGAAGCUCCAGGAGGAACUCAGGUGGAGAAGUAUGCAGUACACGGUUUUGGGAGAGAGACCUUCAGCCUAUAAUGAAUGGAAAAAGGCCCUCUUCAAACCUGUGUGUGUGUAUAAUGAUGGGAGAGAGAGAACAGAGGAGCAGAUGGAGGAGUACCGAGGGAGAACCACCUUUGUGAGCAAAGACAUCAGCAGGGGCAGCGUGGCCCUGAUCAUACACAACGUCACAGCCCAGGAGAACGGCACCUACUGCUGUUACUUCCAGGAAGGCAGGUCCUACGAUGCCAUCCUGUGCCUCGUGGUAGCAGGACUGGACUCUGAGCCCCUCAUUGAAAUGAGAGACCACGAGGAUGGGGGCAUGCGGCUGGAGUGCAUGUCUAGAGGGUGGUACCAGAAGCCCCUCACAGUGUGGAGGGACCCCUACGGUGAGGUCGUGCCUGCCCUGAAGGAAGUCUCCACCCCUGACACAGACAGCCUCUUCAUAGUCACCACAGCUGUGAUCAUCAGAGACAAGUCAGUGACGAACAUGUCCUGCUCUAUCAAUGAUACCCUGCUUGGCCAGAAGAAAGAAAGUGUCAUUUUUAUUCCAGAAUCCUUUAUACCCAGCAGAUCUCCCUGUGUGGUGAUCCUGCCUGUUAUCAUGAUUAUUCUGAUGAUAUUCAUUGCCAUAUGCAUCUACUGGAUCAACAAACUCCAAAAGGAAAAAAAGAUUCUGACAGGAAAAGAGUGUGAAGAGGAAAAGAAAGAAACUGCGCUAAAGGAACUGGAGAAAGAAUGUGUGGAAAAAGAGAAAGAACUUCAAAUACAAGAGCAACUUCAGGAAGAAUUGCGUAAGUUUAGCCUUUCCUGAACUACUCCGUGUACAAUUUGUGUUCUGCACAUUUAGCAGCAUCUCAUGACAUUCACCUCCGUCUGUCCCUUGCCGGAUGGAGAAGAAUAUUCUCACAUGCUGGUGAAUUUCAAAAUUGCCACUGUCAACUUGGGACAAAAUAGCAAAUUGUCACAACCAGACAUAUUAACUUGGGGAAUGGAGGAAAUCAUUUUAACAGAAUAGAAAGGUAAACUGAAUCAGUAAGAAUGAAUGCAGAUGGGAGAGGCCUGCAGAAUGCCUGGAUUCUGGAGCAUUUCUUGCACUGACAGGAAAUGGACCUAGGUAGGCACCUACAUUUCCUAUACCUACCUAUAUGUUCUUUCCCCAGUUCUUUUAGCAAUUUCUUUCCUUUCCUAUUCAAAUCCCUUUUCCCCAGACAGAAUCUUUUUUUCCUUUUGGAGUUUGUUGAUUCAAUAGGUAUACAGAAGUCAUACCUG